CCGUUGUUGGCGCGCGAGCGGCGGCGGUUGGGCGGUUGCGCGCGCGCAAGAUGAGUGAAUCUCUGGUGGUUUGUGAUGUUGCUGAAGACCUGGUGGAGAAACUGAGAAAAUUCCGGUUUCGUAAAGAAACCAACAAUGCUGCCAUUAUAAUGAAAAUCGACAAGGAUAAGCAGUUGGUGGUACUGGAUGAGGAGCAUGAGGGUAUUUCUCCUGAUGAGCUAAAAGAUGAGCUGCCUGAGAGACAACCUCGAUUUAUUGUGUAUAGUUACAAGUAUCAGCAUGAUGAUGGAAGAGUUUCUUAUCCAUUGUGCUUUAUCUUCUCCAGUCCAGUUGGAUGCAAGCCUGAGCAGCAGAUGAUGUAUGCUGGAAGCAAGAAUAAGCUUGUACAGACAGCUGAACUCACUAAGGUAUUUGAAAUAAGAAAUACAGAAGACCUAACUGAAGAAUGGCUGCGUGAGAAACUGGGCUUCUUCCAUUAAGAAAACGUCUGUAAUAAGUAUUUAUGUACCAUCCUGAUAAUACUGGAACCAGACAUGAAUACUUACAUCUAAAAAAAUGCACUGUAUUUACAUCUGUCUCCUGCAGUAUAUCUCUUGUGCAGAGUUUGUGCAAAGAAUAACAGGUCUGUCUCCUUGAAGUAACAAAUCUUUGCAGGUGUUUCCUUAGUUGUACCUGUUAAAAGGGAAUACUCCUCUGCAGGGACUCCUUUUGCACUCUUGUGACUAAUAUUUCUAUAACUAAAAUUGUUCAGUUCUGGAUUUAUAACUAUCUACAAAUGUAAUUUGGAAGCUGACGCUAACUUUUUCUGAGCUACAAAUGCAUCCUUAUGACAUAUACUAGCCAUUUACAUGCAAAAAUUGUGUACUGUCACUUUUCAGACUCUUUGACUUAAUGUCUUCUCAAGUUUGAAAACUACUCCCUGGAAGCAUUUAGUAUUAAAAAGACAAAAUCCUUGUACAGCAAAUCCAUCCAUUUAUCUUUCCAUCGAGUCCAUGUGAACUUUCUCAAAUCCUUGGAACUAAUUUUUGUCAUUCCAGUUAAUUCCUCAGUUGACUGAGUCAAUCUCGCUAAAUUUCAGGGCAGAGCUUUGACUGUCCAGUUCUCAUGCUAAUACAGUCUUACAGGAACUAGGUGAUAACUAAGGGCUGAAUUACAACUCUGGUUACUCUCGUACCAGAUGUCUUGCAUAUAUAACUUACUACACUGUUAAGAAAUUUACCUCUUUGCUCCUUUCCUGUUGUAUGAACACCUGUUAAUACUGUGUGCCUUUAAUUUGUUAGCUUUAAAAUGACUUGAGAAUUUUACACUGCCACUUAUUACAAAUUUGGUAAAAAUUUUGUUAAAGAAUCCAAGUAACAUAUUUUCCUAGUGCCUAGUGUUGCAGUUGACAUCUGUAAAAAAAAAAAAGCUAACCUCACUGUCUUUGAAAUUCUAGUCAUCUACUCCAUUUGUAGGAGUCAGGAGGUUAAAGCUUUUCAUGGUAAUGAAUUAUUUAUAUCUCUUUUGUUAUAAAAGUUGGCCACACAUAGCUUUUGAGUACUUUAAUUACAGUCUCUAACUUUCUUAACUGCUCGUUGGUCAAAAUUACAUUCCAGAUAAAGCUUUUGCAUAAGUGAUAAUUUGAUUUUCAUUUACUUAUGGUUCAUCUCUUUGAAACAGCAAAUAUUCUAAUGUGAAAAGAGUAUUUAACUUUUAUAAAUGACCAGUCUUUUUACAGGUCUGUUUUAUAUUCAAUAGAGUAGUUGUCUGAUAUGGGAUGUGUUCAGCCCAUGCAGUGGCAAAAGGAGUACGCAUGUGACAGUAUCUCACUCUCUUGCUCAUGAGUGUUUGUUGUGCUACUGAAUAAAUAUCUGCGUAAGAGCAGCUUCCUGUUGAUAACAUACCUUAAAAUACAGCUGCCCUAACAAAUCUGUUUGAGGAGGAAUGCAGUGUUAAAUUUGGAGGCCAGUAUUUCAUGCUGUGAAACCUUUGCUGAAAGAAAGUUUAUUUUUCAUUUGCAAACAUAUGUUGUGUUAGUGUUAAAACACUAAUUCCUCUAAGAUUGCAAGGAAUUAAUUUGCAAAGGUCCUCAGUGUUGGUAAAUCUCUUCUUAGUUUGAUGUUACUGCUCAUUUAUUUGUAUACGAAUCUGACUUGAGCUUUUCAAAAUAUGUGUUAGAACGAUCCAAUUAAAUUGAUCUGUCAGUGCGGGAAAGAAAUGCUUGUAAUUAAAUUUCUGUGUUAACGUAGUGAACUGGAAAAACAAUUUCAUUUCCCUGGACAAAAAAAUGUUGAUUAUGAAACUGUUGCUUGAUCAUUCUGUACUACAGAUCAAUAAAAACAAUGUCUUUUGUGACAAACAUUGUAUAAAUAAGACUUUGGCUUAAAGAAUGGUGUCAUUCUAAGGUGUGAAAUGGCAAGAAUCUUGUUUUGUUGGCAUUGUGCUAAAGGUAAGGCAUGUCAAAGUACAGCGUGGGUGAGAGGGAAGCUGCCACUUGUAACAUUCAGCUUGAUUUGCAGUGGGGAAAACUGGAUUAAUAAUCUUUGUCAUUGUACUUUGUACACUGGUGGGCUGCCAGCAUCCAACUGCUGCUUGUGCAGGUCUUGACAAAAAUAACUGUAAAAGGGGCCUGUCUCUCUCGAGAGGAGAAGGGAGGAGCUGCUGCAGUCUCAGUUCUUUUCACUUCAGAUGUUCUUCUUGCCUCCAAUUAAGGAUUUUCUGCCUUGGGUGCUGCCCCUCAAGUCUUGUAGAAAGCAAAUAAAUCCUGAUGAGAGUGUUGAAGCCCGCUUUCUUGUGAAAGGUGAUGUUGAUGCUGCUCAGCCCACCAGUAGUAUUAUUCUUCAGCCUUGCUUGGUAGCUGGGCCUCCUUCCCCUCUCUGAGCUGUGGAAGUGAGGAAGCAGCUGCAGGUACUUGGAGAAUAAGUGUGCAGAGGAUGUCUGCUGUUCUAGGCUUGUUUGUGGUUUCCUUGUUUUUAAUGCAGGGUUUUGACACAACUGUCUGCUGCUUACUGUCCUAGGCUCUUGAGAUACAGGUAGUGCUAAUACUUGAUUAAACAAAGAUGUUAAUUAUGUCAAAAUUUUUCCUGCACGAAUAAUAUUUGUUUUGAUGACAUACUUUCCCCACCUUAUCUUUAGAACUGUAUUUUCUGUACUGCUUCCCCCUCAAGAUCAGUGGGAGGCAGAUGUGUCCGUGUUCAGAAGGCCAGUAUGUUCUGACUGUGCUUUAUGAGCGAGUCGUCCAUCUGUAAUCAUACAUUUGUCUUGAAUUUUCAGGUCUCUAAAGAGGGUUCAAACUAAAGGACAACAUAAAUUAACUAAUGCCGCCUAUGGGAGCCUUUGUAGCUAAAGGUCUGAGAGUCAGCAUUUUCCAUCGUGAGCUCCUAUUUUUCAGGAGUUAGUUAAGUUGGCCAUAAAAUCCUUGGCCUGGAGUUAAAGGUCUCUCAAAGGGAGACUUCUGCCACAAUUAAUUUGGUUUGCUUUAAAUAUUGAGUAGAUGGCUGGGAUACAGCUCUUGUAAUCCUAUUAAUUAAUGGUAAGCUGAAUUAAAGCAUGAGUUUGCAUGUCAGCCCAUAAAAUGGACUUGUAUUGUUUGAAUAUUUUUAACAAAAAAAAUUAAAUGCUGGUAUUUGAUGGUUUAAGUGUGUUUCUAGUAUCAUGAAUGCUGUUUUGAUCUAUCAAGGGAGGCAAUAAUGUGGGUGUUGACACCUUUUCACUUCUCCAAAGGAGCAUCUUAUGCAUUUGUGCCAGGAUUCCAUUUUUGUAUCUUUUACUGUAAAAUAGCUAGUCCAGAAACAAUGUUAAACUGGUAACAGGGGUCUGAAUCAUGCAAAAGCAAGGGAGUUCAAUUCCUCACUUCAGUGCGCUCAAAAAAGAAGUGUCAUGCAACAUAUUUUUUGAUACAUACCUCUAGUAACUGUGACAUGGAGAUGUGAUGGGACAUGAGAAGAGGUGCAGUAAAACUCUUGCUUUUGUUACAUGAUCCAGACUCUGACUUGCAUACUGUGACACGUCGGGGUGGGCUCCGGUGCUGCGGGUGGUAAAAGGUGCGAGAGGUUCACAGCCAGUUUUGAGAAUUUGGCAAUUCCAUGCAAAUAUCAGAAACCAGUACAACUUCCAUAUGCCAUUUAGUGUCUGCUAGUUCACAUUGCAUGUUUCCUUUAAACCAAAUCUUUUUUGCUAAGCAUGGUGCUUGUAUUGGUUUAAAUAAAAUGUUUAAUUAAGA